AAAAUAGAUGAAGACCCGGCCCAUGAAGAGAAGUAGACUAGAAGAGGAACUCUUUCCCAAACCCUCGUCAGUCACGGUCUUCUCUCCAAAAUAUUUGUUCUCGCUUUUUUAUUCGAAGAUGUCUCUGAGACCAAGUGCUAGGACGGAGGUUCGUCGGAACCGGUACAAGGUCGCCGUCGACGCCGAGGAAGGGCGGCGCCGGCGAGAGGACAACAUGGUUGAGAUCCGAAAGAGCAAGAGAGAAGAGAGUUUGCUCAAGAAGCGUAGGGAAGGCCUUCAACCCCAACAACCCUUCCCGGCUAAUCUCCACACAUCCACCGUUGAAAAAAAGUUGGAAAGUCUUCCAUCAAUGGUUGCUGGUGUUUGGUCAAAUGAUAACAAUUUGCAGCUGGAGGCCACCACACAAUUCCGUAAAUUGCUCUCUAUUGAAAGGAGUCCUCCUAUUGAGGAAGUUAUACAAUCUGGUGUUGUUCCUCGAUUUGUUGAGUUUCUAAUGAGGGAAGACUUUCCGCAGCUCCAGUUUGAAGCUGCUUGGGCUCUCACAAACAUUGCUUCUGGUACCUCGGAGAACACCAGAGUGGUGAUUGAUCAUGGGGCGGUGCCAAUUUUUGUAAAGCUUCUAGGUUCUCCAAGUGAUGAUGUCCGUGAGCAGGCUGUGUGGGCAUUGGGAAAUGUUGCUGGCGAUUCUCCUAGAUGCCGUGAUCUUGUGCUUAGUAAUGGGGCUUUGAUUCCUUUGCUGGCUCAGUUGAACGAGCAUGCCAAGCUUUCAAUGCUGAGAAAUGCCACGUGGACUUUAUCAAACUUUUGUAGAGGCAAGCCACAACCUCCAUUUGAGCAGGUGAGACCAGCUCUUUCAGCUCUUCAGCGCCUCGUUCAUUCGAAUGAUGAAGAGGUGCUAACAGAUGCAUGCUGGGCACUUUCUUACCUUUCUGAUGGUACAAACGACAAAAUUCAAGCCGUCAUUGAAGCAGGUGUUUGUCCACGGCUGGUUGAGCUCCUCAUGCAUCCGUCUCCUUCAGUACUCAUCCCUGCUCUCCGUACAGUUGGAAAUAUUGUUACAGGAGAUGACCUCCAGACUCAGUGCAUAAUUGAACAUGGUGCCCUUACUUGCCUGCUGAGCUUGUUAACACACAAUCACAAAAAGAGCAUCAAGAAAGAGGCAUGCUGGACCAUAUCCAAUAUUACUGCUGGGAACAAGGAGCAGAUACAGGCUGUAAUUGAGGCUGGAUUAAUUGCUCCCCUGGUCAAUCUGCUUCAAACUGCAGAAUUUGAUAUCAAAAAAGAGGCUGCCUGGGCUAUUUCAAAUGCUACUUCUGGUGGGACUCAUGAGCAGAUCAAGUUCUUGGUGAGUCAGGGUUGCAUAAAGCCUCUAUGUGAUUUGCUAGUGUGCCCUGAUCCAAGGAUUGUCACCGUCUGUCUGGAAGGAUUAGAAAACAUAUUGAAGGUUGGGGAAGCAGAAAAAGCAAACACUGGAGGCAUUAAUUACUAUGCUCAGCUGACCGACGAUGCAGAGGGAUUGGAAAAGAUUGAAAACCUUCAGAGUCAUGAUAACAAUGAGAUAUAUGAGAAGGCUGUUAAGAUACUGGAAACGUACUGGUUGGAGGAGGAGGACGAAACAUUGCCAGCAGGUGAUGAAACACAAGCUGGGUUCAAUUUUGGCGGAAAUGACAUUCAACUACCAUCUGGUGGAUUCAAGUUUGGUUGAAAGUUGUGCCAUCCAUCCACCAAAUUUUUCUCCUUAACAGGGGCCGAGAAUGGUGGAUGAGAAAUGCAGUUUGAAGAUGACAUGUUGGUGUUGCGGUCAUGACUAGUCGAGUCAGAUCACCUCCCUGAGUCUGGUCAGUCCGGGUCAAGAGUCAGUCGUGGUUGAGGGGAGGUGCCGAGGUGGGGUCACUCCAUAUGACAGGUAAAUAAGACGGCGUGAAGAGUCAAGAGGUAACAGCAGUGGCAUCUUGGGAAUUUUAUACACGGUUCCCCUGCAUUGCUUGUGUUGUUUUGGUGAAAGUAUGGAAGUUAUUAUCAGUGAAUUAGCUUCUCAGAGUGCGGAGUCCCUUUUCCAGUUAGCACAUGAGAUGUAUCUGCAGUCUGUCUGAAAAGAGUCUGUCUAUAGUAUUUCGAGUUGCAGGGUGAAUGUCUAUACUUUACGAGUCAUUUUCUAUAAAUAUUGCAAAAGUACAUGUUUGAGCAAUUUUGAUUAUUCUUUGUGCCCUUAAUUUUGGUUGCCCUAGUA